AUGAUCCCACCCGCACUGCGAGAUCAGGCCAUCAGAUGGCUCACCCAGAAACUCGUCGAUAGCCCGAUCUUCCAAGAAGGCGUACACCGAUCCCAUGGAAUCUGGCGCAGCUUGCAAGAUGACUACCAACGGGCGAUCUCAGAAUCACAGUCGAGUGAAGCCUCAUCACCCGACAAGGCUCGCAAUACGGACAAGGCUGCAUACGAAAGCCAGACGACAAGAUCGAAUGCAUCAGCAUCGCAUGCCGGCCAGAGAGAUGUCGAUGAGAGGAUAAGGAGGGCGCAAGCAGAAGCUCAAGCGAGAGCCAACGCACCGCGUCCCGGUACAGAGCCGCAAGGGCAAGCGAAUAGGCCGCCGCCGCCGCCGCCGAAGAGAGAGCCAAGCGCAUGGCAGACUUUGCCACCCAAAGACGACAAGAUGUCUGAGCUUGCUGCCUUUCUGGAGAAGACGCGCAAAGAUCUCGAUCAUCGUUAG